AUGGUCCACAAAUUUGCCUUGAAACUACUCCAAAAUGCAUUACAAUCUGAUGGAGACAAAGCCAAGAGUCCCUUUGUCUGGGCGACGGGUGGGCACUCCGCCACGGCAGGGCACGGCAAUUUUUACGACGAAUCCUACACUGCCGUAUUGGAGGACAAAGUCGUGCCGAUUCUGGAACCGCUCGGCAUUGCCUUUCAAGGUCGCAAUUACGCCAUGGGCGGGACUCCUAGUGGACCCGAGAUCGCUUCUUGUAUCGAAAGUGUUUUUGGGAGUGAUCCUGAUGUCCUUGUUUGGGACACUGGCAUGACGGAUGGAAAUCGCGUAGACUUGAUGGGCCUGUACUUGGCACGAGCGGCCUUAUUGCCUAGCCGACCCGUGACUUUGGUCCUGCACCAUGGUGCACAGCCACAACGCCUCCAAGUACUAAAAGACUGGCAAGCGUUCGGCCUGCCGAUUCUCCAGCAAGACGAGCGGGUGUCCCGAGACAUGAACAGUGCCAUUCCGGAAACGUUGGGUUUGAACCAAGCCCAAAUCGACGCUAUGCCACCUUUCGUUCGACAGUUUAAAUGCGAAGGCAAAAUUGAAAGCGGCGAUCCUGGCUGUGCCGAUGCGAAAUGGAAUAGCAAGGCGUGCACCGGUCGCAAGUUUAGGACAUCCUGGCACCCCGGUUGGAAGUGGCACGCGAUGGCUGGCAAUUUGUACGCUCUUUUCGUUACAGACAUUGUCCAGGACGCCUUGACGCUGCUCCAAUCGCGCGUGGCGGAAUGGCCCGACCUUCGAGAGGAGCUACUGGCGCGGGAAGCUGCUUUGAACGAAGCUUUUCGCAAGGCACCCUUGCCGGCGUGGACCCGAAAACUACUGGACGAAGAGCCGCAAUCCGAUAUCGAUUUAGACGUGAUCUUUCGUCAACCCAGUCUUUGUCACACGGCUAGAUUGCCGGCCGAGAUUCGCCACCUGGGUAUACUGACGGACACCACGACUCAGGUUGGGUUUUCACACUACGAUAAGGGCCUGUCUCAAACUGAUGCCAUUGCGUUGCCCAAUAAGGCUGAUACUACCAUGCGGCUCGCAUACGAUCCCGACGAUCGGCAAGACUGCAACGAAACCAUCCAAAUGGACUAUAAAGAUUUUUUUCUGGUCCACGAAAAGGAUGGGUGGCAGGAGCUAACUUUGCCAAAUGAUCGCGAGGUGGAAGCCUACUUUCCUACGACGCCACCUAAAUUCCACGGUUACGUAGCCAUUUGUUUCGCUUUUUGUGACUGGGAUCAUUGUAAGCCACACGACAGUCACGCCGAAGCAAUGAGUGCUAGCUCUAAUUCAACGUCGAGUGUUGGUGAGAUGCAAGUGAACGGGGUGGCCGUGACGAAUCUGACUACCUGGGAAGGAUGCGAAUUUUUGCGAAACUUACAAGGACACCGAUGGCUACCCGACAAUAAUGGUAAAUUCACUAUACGAGCUCGAAUAACUGAAACCGACGCGUAUUUCCGGUUCAGUUCCUUUAUAAUAUGGUAAAGCAAAACCGAUCAAC